AUGGCCGCAACGGCCUCCCGGUGGGCCUCCCGGACAGAGGCACCAGCAGCUACCCGCAAGACCACUAUCAAGAUCGAGUACAAGACCAAGAACAAGACCAAGACCAAGACCAAGACCACCUCCCUCGCCGCCGUCGCCGCGUCCUCCGCGCUGCUCUUCGCCUCCCCGGUCUCGUCGGCCCGGCAGACGUUCCCCUACGUCCCGACGACCGUCCUGCUCUCCCCUCCCUCGCUACCGGGCUCGCCAGCCAACAGCAGCAGCGCGAAUGGCGGCAUUGCCUACAUCUUCCACCCCCGCGGCGCCGGCCUUGAGCUGCUGUCCGUCAACAUCUCUGCGACGGCCUCUGGCGCCGCGAGCCUCCAGACGAUAUCGACGAGCCUGCCCUUCCUCGAAGGCGCCACUGACACAACGGCGGUUCUCCCCACGAUGGCGGACGACGGGUCCAUCGUGGUCCAGGCGGGAGACUGCAUGUCGGCCGAGGGCUACGACGUCUGGACUUACACGCCGCCGGUGACCGACGGCACGGCCACCACUUCCGAUCCAUGGCACAAGACGGCGGCGACAUUACCGAGCACUGGCGACUCGGACGCCGGGCCGUAUGCCCUCGGCGCCGGCAUCAGCUUCUCGGCGACCCUCGCACCGACAAUGUCAGACCCCGUGCUGUACUCGUACGGCGGCAUGUGCCUCGCCCCUACGACGGACGACUCAACCUGGCAGGGCAACGGGACGUACACCAAGUCGAUGCUGCGCGUGGCCCCCUCGGGCGCCGGCGGGCAGGAUGAGGCGUACACGGCGACGUUCGUCUCUGGCAAGGGCCCCGCAUUUCCCGAGGCCGGUUUCUCCUUCACAUCGCUGAGCCCCUCGAUAUCGAACCGAUCCGGCGUCGUCACGCAGCAGAACCGCUACGUCCUGCUCGGCGGCCACACGCAGCAGGCAUUCAUCAACAUGAGCUCGGCCGCCAUCUGGAACCUGCCCGAGGAGUCGUGGAGCUUCGCGACCGUCGGCGGCCCGCGCGACGUCGGCAGCAGCGAGCUCGCGGUGAAGGACCUUGAGAGGCGCGACGGCGCCGACGAUGUCGAGAGCCGGUCGGGCCACACGGCGGUGCUGAACGAGGACGGGACCGCGCUCAUCAUCUUGGGAGGCUGGGUCGGCAGCGUGUCGCAACCGGCGUCCCCGCAGCUGGCGCUUCUGGAGAUGGGCGACACGUACGGCGACUGGACGUGGUCGAUUCCCUCGCAGCAACCGGACGAUGGCAUCUACGGUCACGGCGCCGCGAUACUGCCUGGGAACGUGAUGAUGGUGUAUGGAGGAUACGAGAUUACGGCGACUUCUGGCUCGAAGGCGAGGAAGAGACAGUCCGGCGGGACGGGGCUAAGGUUUCUCAACAUGACUUCAAUGUCGUGGUCCUCGAGCUAUUCGAACCCGGACUACGCCACCCCUUCAAACGGGGCCGGGGCCGGUAAUAACGACAACAUCAAGAAGAUUGGGCUGGGCGUCGGCGUCGGCGUCGGGUUCGCUGCCAUCCUCGGCGCUUUCCUUGUCUACUUCUGCUAUAAGAGACAUCUACGCAAGAAGAAGGAGGCGAGAGAUGAGACGGUGCGAUCGCUGGCGCAGGAUGCGUCGCGUUUCCUGCAUCCGGACGACGACAUGAUGGAGCGCGACGACGGACCCGUAUUCCCCUGGACAGGCCACGCCUGGUAUACGGGAGGUCCCGACCCCUACGAGACCAUCGAUCGGUCACUCGGGUACGAAUCGUUGAGGUCUGGUCGGAACCCGGGAGGAGGCCAAGGGGGGACCUACCAACCGCCCGGCCUGCUCAUCCCGCGUAAGCCGAUCCCUCGCGCGGCCAGGGGCGCUUAUCAAUCACCUGCGAACCUCUCUACGCCAGGCCACAUCCACCCGAUCUACGAAGCCGACGAGGACGACCCGGAGCACGGCAGCAACGCGCGGGCUUCGCGGCACAGGAACCAGGAACCUUCGACGCCGACAACGCCCGGAUACGCCGACCCGUUCAUGACACCGACGGGCUCCGUGCCCGUGCUGAACCCGGGGAACCGCAACUCGACGACGCCCAGCCCCGAGGCCUUCCUGAGACGGGACCCGGAGGUGCAAGACUGGCAGUCUGAUGUCGACGCCGCCGAGGCGCUUCUCGCGCGCAUGCCGUCGCGGCGCAACAGCCGCGUGUCGCCGACGCGCCGUGAGUCGAUGCGCUCGGCCCGCUCCAUGGCCGACGACGAGCGGACGGCGAGCAACGUCUCCGAGUCGGCCCGGAGCGCCAUCAGUGUGCCGACCCGCCAGGCGUCGACGCGGCACACGGCCAGCCCGGGCCCCAACAACCUCAACCUAACAAUCGUCACCGGGGCCGACAACCGGCUGGGCACGUCGUCCUCGUCGAGCAGCAGUGGCCACACGUACUCGACCGCCAAGAGCACCUUCAACGCCCUCCAGGCCGAGGGCCCCUCGCUGCUGCUCCAGGGCCGACCGCGGCCCGGAAAAGACCACCGCGCGGAAGGCGACGAUGGAGGAUACAAUGACGAUGACGAGGACGGCUACAACUACGCCGCCAACAGCCCGCGACGCCUGUCGCUGGAUCAGGUCAGCUCGGACUACGAGCCGCGACUGAUCGGGCUGUCAGGGAUCGGCGGCGCCGAGCUGCUGCGCCGGAAGCAGGGCCGGCACGACUGGGACGUCGACCAGCGGUCGCUCGACGAGUGGGACAUUGAGAAGGCCGUCGAGCAGCGGCUCGUGCAGGUCAUGUUCACCGUGCCUAAGGAGCGGCUGCGCGUCGUCAACGCCGAGAUCGAGCGGGAGGAGGAGGUCGUCCUCGUCGACCCGGACAAGGACGACAUGGACGGGCUGGACGGGCUGGAAGCGGAUCUCGAGAAGAGGGCGUUGGUGGAGGAGUACAACAGGGACAAGGGCAAGGGCAGGGCGCUCAUCGUGGACGACGACCAUGCCGCUGCCGCCGCUGCUGCUGAUGCUGCUGGGGGCCAACGAAGACCAGACUCUCCCGGAGACGGGUCGCCCGUUCGUGGGAGGCGGCUCGUCCACCUCCCACCGCCGAGGGAUGGCGACACAGGCCACCAGCACCCGUUGCCAAGCCGGGAGGACUCGACGGAGCCGCGGCCGUCGCUGACGCUGCGCACGGCCGAGGUCGUCAGCGUGGCGCGGCCCAAGACGAGGGUGCUCAAGAUGGUCGAGAGCUUCGAGUCGCGGAGCAGGGAGGGCAGCCCGUCGCUCGGCUAG